GAUGACCGCCGGUCUGUUUCAAACAUGGCGGAACCAACAGCGCCGGAACCGCAGAGUAAAGCAUAUUUUCAGAAAGAGCGAAAAAAAUACACCCCGGAGGAAGAGACCAGGCUGGAAAGGCAGCAUUUCUGGAGAAUAAUCGAUGCCUUCAGGUUUUAUAGGUCUCAUGUCCAGGAGCAGGUCAAGCGGGCUGAGCGUCAGUUUCAGAGCCUCUCACAAAGACACAAAAGACUGCUGCCCGGUGUUAUAUCCAACCUGGACCGGGUCAGACGGUGCGCCGAACACAACCAAGAGGUUCUGGACGCAAUCGUUCACAACGGACUUCACAUGUUCGAGAACGUGGAGUAUGGGGAAAGGUUUUCUGCGGCCAUUUCCCCCUCAUUUUACCAGGAGGAUCCGAGGAAGGCGCGCACAUCCUCGACGUUUGACAUGGACAAACUGAAAUCCACCAUAAAGCAGUUUGUCAGAGACUGGAGUGAAGCAGGACAGCCUGAGAGGGAAUCUUGCUACAAACCCAUAAUCCAAGAGAUCCAGAGGCUCUUCCCAAGUGACCAAUAUGAUGUGUCUAAGGUGAGCGUGCUGGUUCCUGGUGCUGGGCUUGGUCGACUUGCCUGGGAGAUAGCUCGGCUGGGGUACGCGUGCCAGGGCAACGAAUGGAGCUUCUUCAUGCUUUUCUCUUCAAACUUUGUUCUCAACAGAUGUGAGGAAGAGAAUGCUCUCACCCUGUAUCCCUGGAUCCACCAGUUCAGCAACAACAAGAAAUCUUCCGACCAAACGCGACCAAUCAGAUUCCCCGACGUUAACCCUCAGAGUCUGCCGCUGAAUACAGAUUUCUCCAUGGUGGCAGGGGACUUUAUGGAGGUUUACAGUGAAUCAGAGUGCUGGGACUGUGUGGCAACCUGCUUCUUUAUUGACACUGCUAAUAAUGUCUUGGAGUAUGUGGAUACAAUCUGGAAUAUUCUUAAGCCUGGAGGAGUAUGGAUCAACCUCGGCCCGCUGCUCUAUCACUUUGAGAGUAUAGCCAACGAGCUCUCUAUUGAACUUAGCUAUGAAGACAUUCGGACAGCGAUGAUAAAAUAUGGGUUCCUCUUUGAGGUGGAGAAAGAGUCGAUGCAGACAACCUACACUGAGAAUGCGUGCUCUAUGCUAAGAUACGUUUACGAUUGUGUCUUCUUUGUCGCUCGAAAACCUUCAGAGUUGCAGUUUAAUGGUCAAGAAGAUGAAAAACACCAACACAAUUCUCCACCAGCUGCUAAGUCAUCCAGGCGAGAGGGCAGCAACAGACUAACGUGACACGAAAUCCUCGUAUAAACACGGCUAACUUAGAGACGUUUAACCACCAAGACACAAGAAAUGUGGACUUAUUUUUAUUGUUCUCCUUAAAACAGCCUUUUAAAUUGAUUCUCUCUUUAAAAAGUGCUUAACGGGGUUUUUGGAGAACUCAAGCACAUAAAUACAGCAGAAAACAAGGGUUGUGUGAAGCAGGCAUGGGCGGGUAUGUUAUUCUCAUGCCAUGAUAACCUUGAGCAAAAAAACAUGGUUUUUACCAUAUCAGAAUAUUGACACAGAAAUUGAAAACAGAAAUGCAUCACACAAAUUUUCCUUUUUAUUUUAAACAGCCAAAUUAGUCUUUCUUGUAAAUGAUGGAAAGGUCUAGUGGCAUUUGAGGCAGCAGGUGGGAGAGACACUGUACAGCAGUAUAGGAAAACUCUGCUCAUUCUGGCACUAUUCAGGCAUCUCAUUCAAAGAAGACGCCUGUUAAGUGACUGAUCAUUUUAGCGGUUUUUGAAACCAUAAUUUGAUACCACGAACUUUGAUACUAGUAACAGGCUCCUGCAUAGUAUCAGGAAUUGUGGGACUGCGGUAUCAGCUUUAAAAUGUCUGAUCUUAGCAUUUUUUGAUUUUGAAGUUGGAGGUAAUUGAGUUACCAGAAGCUACAAAUGUUUGUUUUUAUUGGUUUGUGAGUUGCGAGCCAUAUGGAGUUGACUGUGUUUGGCUAUUAUGCCUCAGUCUUAAUUUACUUCACUGACUUCCUUUGCCACAGUUUGUAAGCAUUCACUUGUGCCUCUGUAACUGAAUUAUACAUGAUUGAAACAUUUAUUUUUACUUUCAUGCGCUUAUUUGCAUUGGUCACUGUCACCUUUAUUUUCUUUGAAAUAAAGCCAGUCAUUUUGGAAAAAAAAAGAAAAA